AUGAAGCCAGCGAGUGCACGUUUGCGUACAAUGAUCCAGACAACAGAUAACCGGGGAAAUUCUUCUAUUCAGUCCAUGCAGAGGCAAAAAGCAGUUAUCCUCUAUCAUCUGCAUGAUUUUGCAGAUGCAUUAUCAGUUCUAGAGCCAUUAUAUCAAAAUUUGGAACCCAUAGAUGAGACAACGGCUCCAUGCCUUCUGUUACUGGAUAUUGCAUUAUCUUCCCAAGAUGCAUCAAAAGCUGCGGAUGUAAUUCAAUAUAUGGAAAAAUCCUUUGGUGUUAGCUCUUUGUUAAACCAAAGUGCUAAUGGACGCUUGCAGCAACAACCUUUGAACCAAUUUAAAGCUUCUGGAACAAGUAAUAUUGCUGCAUCAUAUGCCUCUAGUGUGCAAAUGCUACCGAGAACUAGGACUGGAAUUCUCGCGCCCCUCCUUCGGGCUCCGAGUGAUCGAGUCCCUAAUCUCUUUCCCCCUCGCCCUCAAGCACCCAUCUCAUCUCCUGUGGCGGCGGCCGCAACAGUGGUCCCUCGGGGCCGGCAGCCGCAGGGCCGGGGUGUCGACGACGAGAACCUAGUCUUCGAGAUGAGCCUUGGGGUGGAGGCCAUCACGAGCUUCGACCAGAUGGGAAUCUGCGACAACGUCCUCCGAUGGAUCCAUGUCUAUGACUUCGAGAAACCCUCCGCCAUUCAGCAGCAGGAUUUUGGUGUGGCUUGUGAUGAUGCGGAGGUGGAUAUUGUACGCAGACCCGCUUCCAGCCCUACUGAGAACCCUGUGGUGGGAAAUUUUUCUGAUGAGGCAUUAGAGUAUGAAACCUUGUUCUCAACGUUGGAUGGCCGAAAUCCGAGCUUGGGUAAGCCAACCACAAAUGAUCACUCAAAAACGUCAGCUAAUUGGGCUUCUACUGCCACUGAUUUAAAACUAAAAAUGCAUCUUUACAAGGUCUGACUUCUGCUUCUUACUAAGAACCUGAAGGCUGCAAAGCGUGAGCUUAAGCUUGCUGUGAACAUGGUAUGUGGUAGAGAUUCAUCUACAGAGCUCCUCCUGAAGUCUCAGUUAGCGUAUGCUCGUGGUAACCUUCACAAGGCUAUAAAACUCUUGGAUACAGUUAGUAAUAGAACAGAUUCUGUAAUGCUCAGUAUGUAUAACAACAAUAUUGGAUGCAUACUUCACCAGCAAAGGUCCCACCACACAUCAAACUGGUUCUUUAACAAGGCACCGAGACACAGCUUGUUACUUCGAUCAGAGAAGCCUCUGAACCUUGCUGCUUUUUCACAGGACAGAUCCGGUCUCAUUGUGUACGACUGUGUUCUUCAGCAUUUAGUAUGUGGAAAGCCAUUGGCUGCAGCUCACUGUUUUCGUCAAGCCAUUCCAGUCUUUGGCAACCGACCACCUUUCUGGCUUCGUUUUGCCGAAUGCUGUCUGCUCACAUCAGAGAAGGGGUUGCUAGGUGAUUCUUCAAGCAGCGAAGAGAUUAAAGUUCAUGUUGUUGGCUCUGGCAAAUGGCAGCAACCAGCUGUUGACAAUGUAAACUCAAGAUAUAGCUAUUCAGAUUCUACAGCAGGAGAUGCUGUGACCAGUGGUGAUGAUCGGAUCUUGAUCUCACUUCCAUUUGCUCGGCAGUGUCUUCUCAAUGCUCAGCUUCUAUUGGAUAUUUUUGAUCAGAAAAUGACAAAACUUGAUGUCUCGGGCUUUGUGUUGGUAGUGGCUGAUCCUCACCAGAAGCUGAGCUGCGACAUGAAAGCACCAAAAACAUCAUCAACUACAACAGUCGCUGCAAAUUAUGAUCCUCAAGAAACAUAUGGUGGUACAGGCGCAAAUACCACCUUACAGAUGUUAGUUGCUGGAUAUGAGGUCAUAUGCAGAAAAGAGAACCACAGAAUAAGGCAAACUGUUUUAACUUUAGGAGACCUAGCGUAUGUGGCACUGUGGUUAGAAGAUCACUUGAAAGCAUUGGUUGCUGCAAAGACCCUUCGGCAGCUGCCAGAUUGUUCCAAAAUAUAUCUCUUUCUUAGCUAUGUAUAUGCUGCUGAAUCACUCUGUCGCCUGAACCAACCUAAAGAAGCUGCAGAGCAGUUAGGAGUCUAUGUAGCAGAUGGAAAAAAUGUUGAGUUGCCAUAUACUAAUGAAGACACAGAGAACUGGGGUGAUGAGAAAGGUGCUGGCUGUGCGGAUUUGGAUAGUUCUGCAACUGCCAAAACAACUGUAAAAGGGACCAAAACAACUGUGAAAGAGUCCCAAGAUAUGGGUUUCGUGAAGCCUGAGGAGGCUCGUGGAUUCCUUUAUGUAAAUCUUGCUUCCAUGUCUGCGAUGCAAGGGGAUCUUGAGCAGGCCAGCCACUUCAUAAAACAAGGUCUCUCUUCCCUGCCCAACAAUCCAAGGCUAUUGCUUGCAGCAGUAUAUGUGGAUCUUCUUCAAGGGAAAACAGAAGAGGCUCUCUUUAAGUUUAGGAGGGUGAGAUUCCUUUGUACUAAUGUGACAAUUAGCAGCUGA